AUGGAGUUCAUGAUCUUUUUUCCAUAUCUAAAAAAUUGUUGGAAAUUCCAAACUUUUCCAGAGACCCUAAAAAUUAUUUCUAUUUUAAUGACACUACCUGUAUCAACUGCUUCUAACGAACGCUUUUUUUCGUCAUUAAAACGUAUAAAAACAUGCUUAAGACUAACAAUGACUGAUGAGCGCUUGAGCGAUUUGCUAGUGAUUGCUGUUGAAGGUGAUGUAGCUGCAAAAGUUGAUCUUCAGGAAGCUAUUGAUUUAUUUGCAGACAUGAAAUCUCGUAGAUAUUUUUUAAAAUCUUAA